AUGCCCCAAUUUGAAAUUGGGAAGGAUGACAAGAAGGAGGAGUUCCUUAAUUACUCCCCCCUGGGUAGACUCCCCGUUUUAGUAACCCCCAAUGGAAGCCUAUUCGAAAGUAAUGCCAUAAGUAAAUACUUAUGUAGCAUCAGGCGGGAGAACAACCUAUUGGGAAAGGGAGCCUUUGAAGAGGCACAAGUAAAUAUGUGGAUAGAUUUUAAUACCUACGAAUUGGAAAUUCCAAUCUGUUGCUGUAUGAGCCAUAAGACAAACGAAAAAUCCCUGAAACACAUACAAGAAACAUUUGCCUGUUUGAAUAACCAUUUGUUGUUAAACCAAUUUAUGGUGGGAAAUGGAAUAACCCUAGCUGAUAUACUCAUAUGUGUGAUUAUAAGCUUUGCAAUAAAAUCAGAAAAAAUCGAUGAGAGCCUUUUAAAAAAAUAUGGAAACUUGUUCAGGCUCUACAAUACCAUAAGUAACCAGAAGCAGUUCAAGUACGUUUUUGCAAGUCAACAGCAGCAGGCAGGAAAGAAAGGAGGUGCCCAAGACAAGAAUGUACAAAAAAAUGCAAACAAUGAAAACAAGAAAGAUAAAAAGAAAGGCAACAAAAAUGACGAUGAUGAUGAAUGUGAAUUAUUAAGUGAUGAACCAACUGAAAAGAAAACAAAGAAAGCAAACCCACUGGAUUUGUUACCCCCAUCAUCCUUUUCUCUAGAUGAAUGGAAAUACAAGUUUAGUAAUGAAAAGGAUCUCCUCAACGUAGCCAUGCCACAUUUUUGGAAGACCUAUGACCCUAAAGGCUUCUCCCUAUAUUAUAUGAAAUAUGAUAAGUUAGAGGAUGAAUGCCAAAUAUCUUUCGUUGCUUGUAAUAUGGCUGGUGGAUUUUUGCAAAGGCUAGACAAUAAUUUUUCCAAGUACUCUUUUGCCGUUAUCACCGUGCUAGGUGAAAACAAGGACUAUGAUAUUGAAGGAGUGUGGCUCUUCAGGGGUACAGAAAUUCCUUUCGAGAUGAAGGACCAUCCUUCCUUCGAGUACCACGUGUUUAAAAAGUUGGAUGUCAACAACAGUGCUGAUAAACACAUUAUAGAAGAUUACUGGUGCUCAAAGGAGUCUGUCGCCGGCCGUCCUCUCGUCGACCGCAAGGUCUGGAAGUGA